GCUCCUUUUCUCGUGUUGUAUCCCCUUUACAUGCAGAAAAAGGUAGACAGAACACUCAAAAAGUGAUUGAUUGAUCGGCCCAAGAUUCUCCAUAGAUUUCUACGCUCCCUCUCCUCCCUCCUCAUUCACCGACUCUCUCCUCCUCUGUAACUCUUUCUCAUAAAUCUUUUUGCCAAAUAGCCUUUCCCUCGAUUAUCAUCGCAAUUUCACUUUACCGUCAUCGAUUUUACAGAGCUCGACUAAAUCGCAGAUAUCAGGCCAUGCUUUUUGCAUAAAAUGGAUAAAAAACACCCAUAAAGCUGGUUGCUGGAGUGGGGGUAACUUUCAGUAACUGGCCACUUGUGAUAACACUGAAACUAAUAAUUGCUACGCAAUCAUGAGAAAAAGGUCUUUACAUCAAAACACACAUCCAUUUGAUGCAAAGCCUUUUGAGGUUUAUUGUGAUGACUCAUGGCACACUGUGGAACAUUUAAGCAUUGGAAGGGGAGCUAUAUCCAUGCACAUGAUAUAUGGUGACAAUGUAAUUGUAGAGCAGUUGCCAUUUUCCAGUAUCCGAAUAAAGUCUAGAAAAACUACUUUGGCAGACUGUACUUCACUUUUAAGGCCCGGCCUCGAUGUUAGUGUGCUUUCAACAACUUCAUGCGCUAAAGAUUCAGAUGAUGCAGAACUGCUGGAACCUGUCUGGAGGGAUGCUAAAAUUACUUCUGUUGAGAGGAAGACUCACGAAUGGGAAUGUGAUUGCCAAUUUUUUGUGAGGAUAUAUGUCAAUCAAGGUCCUUUAGGUGUGUUCAAGAAAGCACUCCAUAAAGAUAUCAUUCCAGUGAAGAUCAACCAAAUUUCUGUUCUUCAAAGGCUUGAUAGGAGCCCAUGUGAAAACAAGCCUUACAGAUGGGACUUCUCUGAAGACUGCUUAUCCAUUCAAAAGUAUAAAUUAUUCACAGGAAGAUUUGGCUCAGAUCUUUCAUGGCUAAUCGUUGCAUCUGUUAAAUGUCAGGCUACAUUUGAAGUUAGGUCAAUAGAUCAUAGGCUCGUCUAUCUAAUAACGGAUGAGAAUUUUGAUGGGAUGUCUUCAAAUUCAGAGAGCAGCAUAAAUACCCUGAGCUUCAAAGCAGAAAAUGAAGUAUCAGUCCCCAUCAUUGUGCCACUACUUCCACUUAAUUCUGUUGAGGGUGACAGAAAAGAUCCUGAAGCUGAUUUGUCUUAUGAUUUAUUGGAAUUAAGACGAUCAAAGCGUCGUUUCGUACAACCUGAGCGCUAUAUGGGUUGUGAUUUUCUCCCGGAGUCUGAAAUUGAGAUCAGUCGAGCAGGAACAUAUAAAUACAGAUUGGAAUACGAGGAAAUGCCAAUGGCACUUUCAAUCCAGGCUGACCAUGCAUAUAAUUUGGAGAAAGAAACAGAAUUCAAAGAGGAAAAGAGCUACCGAUCAUGUAGACCAAUUUCCUGUGACACUGGGUUAAGAGCAAUACAAUCAGUUCCAUCUGAUCAAAUAAAAGAUCAACAUUAUGUAAGAGAUCAAUCUCGUCUUGCCAUUGUUCCUUUCCAUGAGGAAAAGAAGGAACACGUUUAUGAUGAUGAUCCUUUAGAUGCAGAGAUUCCAGAUAACUACUCUAAAGAACUAGGUGAUAUAGUUUCAAAAUAUAUUUACAUAAAUUGUAACCCUAAUUUAGAAAGACCACCUGUGCCUCAGUUGGAUUUGGCAGUAGUUGAAAGUGUACCAGAUAACAGAGGUCAAAGAAAAAGAGGGUUCCGAAAUAUGGGUUCAGGAAAAGAGAGGGAUAGUUUUCGUGAUUCAGGACCGACUGGUUCAAAGAAAUCUUUUACUGUGCAUAUGUACAGGGAUAUGAUAAAGAAAUGCAUGGAGAACAUACAAUCAAACGUACACAAAGAACAACCUCCAGUUAUCGAUCAAUGGAAAGAAUUCCGUGCGACCAGUUUCACAAGUCAUAGCGACUCACCUGCAGUUAAGGAAGACUAUGAAGAAGAAGAAGACCCGGAAAUUGAGUCAUUGUGGAAGGAAAUGGAACUCUGCUUGGCAUCUAUGUAUGUAGAGGAUAAUGAGGAAUCUAAGGAAGAGGGUCCUGUUGAGAUUGACCCACUUUCAGGUAACCAUGGUGGGAUGUGCAGACAUGAAUUCAUUCUCAAUGAACAAAUUGGAAUUUUAUGUCAAAUAUGUGGCUUUGUCAGCACCGAAAUAAGACAUGUCUCGCCGACAUUUCUACAACAUACUAAUGGGACUAAGAGAGGAGGAAGCAAAGAGGAACCGAAUCAUAAACAAGUGGAUAAAGACCUUGCAGAUCUUUUAAGCAUCCCUUCUUCACUGAACAUACCCUUAUCUGACUCUGAUGAAAAUGUGUGGGCACUCGUACCCGAUCUGAAAGACAAAUUGCAUAUACACCAAAAGAGAGCAUUCGAAUUCCUUUGGCGCAAUAUAGCUGGUUCUGUAAUCCCAUCACUAAUGGAGCCCGCCGUUAAAAUGAGAGGCGGUUGUGUCAUCUCUCACGCUCCUGGAGCCGGCAAAACGUUCCUUAUAAUUGCAUUUCUAGUCAGUUAUUUAAAGCUAUUCCCUGGCUCCCGACCUUUAGUGCUCGCACCAAAAACGACACUCUACACCUGGUACAAGGAAAUAAUCAAAUGGAAAAUUCCCAUUCCGGUUUAUCAAAUCCACGGUGGUCAGACUUACAGAGGCGAAGUCUCCAGGCAGAAACUGAGGGCAUCAACUUCUAAAGGACCCAAGCCAAAUCUGGACGUCAUGCAUGUUCUCGACUGCCUUGAAAAGAUUCAAAAAUGGCUCACUCAUCCGAGCAUUCUUAUCAUGGGAUACUCCUCAUUUCUAGCAUUAACGCGGGACGAUUCAAAAUACGCCUACAGACAGCAUAUGGGUCAAGUUUUGAAGCAAAGUCCCGGAAUCCUGGUCCUCGACGAAGGCCACAACCCGAGAAGCACGAAAUCGAGAUUGCGGAAAGCGCUGAUGAAAGUCGAUACGGGCCUUCGUAUCCUACUUUCUGGCACACUGUUUCAAAACAAUUUCGGCGAGUAUUUCAACACACUGACACUAGCCAGGCCGAGAUUCGUGAAUGAAGUGUUAAAGAAGUUGGACCCGAAGUUUAAGAAACGAAAGAAAGGCGCCAUUACUCGAUUCUCAAUUGAAAACCGGGCGAGGAAACUCUUUGUGGAUAAAAUAUCGAAACAGAUCGACUCGACCAAGUCGAAAGAACGGAAGAAAGGGUUAAAUGUGUUGAGAGAGUUAACAGGCGGAUUCAUCGACGUGUAUGAAGGUGGAGCUACAGAGAAUCUCCCUGGCUUACAAUGCUACACUCUAAUGAUGAAAUCAUCUCCUUAUCAGCAAGAGCUUCUAGUAAAGCUUCAAAACCAACGGCCGCAAUACAAAGGAUUUCCUUUAGAAUUGGAGCUAUUGAUAACCCUGGGAUCAAUACAUCCAUGGCUAAUCCAAACAACUACAUGCGCCAACCUAUACUUCAGUAAAGAAUUACUGGAGAAUCUGGAAAAGUACAAAUUCGACCUGAAGAUGGGUUCAAAAGUCCGAUUCGUGAUGAGCCUAAUCCCACGUUGCAUGAUCAGAAACGAAAAGCUGCUAAUCUUCUGCCACAACAUCGCCCCCAUCAAUCUGUUCCUGGAGAUAUUUGAAACGUUCUACGGGUGGCGAAAGGGAGAGGAGGUUUUAGUCCUACAAGGGGAUAUCGAGUUGUUUGAGCGAGGAAGGGUGAUGGACAAAUUCGAAGAAGCGGGUGGGCCGUCGAAAGUAAUGCUGGCAUCGAUAACAUCUUGUGCGGAGGGGAUAAGCUUGACGGCAGCGUCGCGGGUGAUAUUGCUGGACUCGGAAUGGAACCCGUCUAGGAGCAAACAAGCAAUUGCCAGAGCUUUCCGUCCGGGACAGGACAAGAUGGUGUAUGUGUAUCAGCUAUUGGCUAAAGGAACAUUGGAAGAAGAGAAACAUAGUAGAACAACAUGGAAAGAAUGGGUUUCAUGCAUGAUUUUCAGUGAGGAGCUUGUUGAGGAUCCAUCAAAGUGGCAGGCUGAGAAGAUUGAGGAUGAUGUGCUUAGGGAGAUUGUUGAAGAAGAUAAGGCCACUCUGUUUCAUAUGAUAAUGAAGAAUGAAAAGGCUUCAAAUGGGGUGGUAAGAGGAAAAGAGUAAACACUAUAAUAAUAAUAAUUACUAUCUAAUAAUUAUGAAUGUCAACCAAUAAUCACUAUUUCAGCUUAUCUUGGUCAAAAAGCUCUAGACUGAGUGAGAUUGUUUGAAGCUAGCUAGCUCUCUAAGCUAAUUAGUCUCAGUCUAGAUACAAACAAAUGGCUGACGGCUUGGUCUGUAAUUUUUCUUCUCUUUUUAUCGGUUUCUUAUUGGAUAUUUGGCUGAAAAGAAGGCAAUUUUGAAACUUGAAAUAAGAGAAUUUGUG